AUGUGCAUCAGUAACGAUACUGCACCGCGGUUGGUUGGUUGGUCCGUCGAUCGGUCGGUCGGUCGGUCGGUCGGUCGGUCGGUCGGUCGGUCGGUCGGUCGGUCGGUCGGUCGGUCAAUGAGAGAGAGUGGAAAGCAAAGAUUGUCAAAUGGGGAGCUGUGCGCACGAGAUACGAAUGCGCUUGCGGCGGAAAGGAUGUAG